GGCGGGUAGGGCGGAGCGUCGACCCACGGCCGCCAUGACGGAGGCCGCCACCGCCGCCAUCCUGCGGGUGCGGCACUGCGGGGCCGACAUCUUUUGCCGCCGGGUGCCGCCGUGCUGCCCCGCCUGCCACCAGCCGCUGCCCACCGCCGGGCUGCGCGCCGCCCCGCUCCGCAUCCCAAGCCCCUUCCGCCACGGGCACCGGCAGCCCCGCGCCUUCCUCCUCCGGCCCACCGCCGGCACCUUCCUCGGGGGAUACGACGGGAAAUCUGAUCUUCAUGUUGGAAUAACUAAUAGUAAUGGUGUGGUGUACAAUUACAAUGAAGAGGGUGUUCACAGAGCUGACACUGGAUGGGAACAGUGCAUUAGUAUUCCACUAGUACAGCCAGAUGCGUUUGGAAUGCUUCAGCAGUGGGAUAUGCUCCUAGAGGAGUUUUCUGCGGGAGAGGCCUGGCUUCCUCAUAGGUAUGAAGAACAUGACCACAACUGCUACACAUAUGCACUGGCGUUCAUUAACAGUGUACUGACUGCACAAGGAAAACAGCAAAUGAGUAAAAGUGAAUUUACAGAGGAAUUUGUGAUCCCACAGACAAAGAAAGCCUCAAAAUACAUUACUCUGCAUCAGGAGCUAACAGCUAAUGAUUUCUACGUUGUACCCCUUCCUGAUCAAGAAAAACAGUGCUGAAAAUUACAACGUAGAUGUUAAAACAUCUACAACGUGCAAUAGGAAAAGAAAGUCUUAAGACUGCAGAUGCCAGGGUUUAAGAUCCAUGAUCUACUUCAUGUAUUUAAAAACACUAUUAACUUCAGAUGUUAGCCUGCUGCCAUGGAAGGAUCAGGAAACUGAACUUACACAUUCAAAUGAAAUAACAUACAUACAAUGUUGACACUACUAGAAAAUUUCUGUGGGAACUAUUCAUAGGAAAAAAUGUUUUCCUAUUUACAUUCACCAUAUGCUGUCUUCUGCCAAGACACUUAAUAUCAGAAAUAAUGACUACUAUGUAAUUAAGGGUUUUAAAAAUUGAACUGUGGUAGCUUAAGCUGUAGCAAACUAAAAUGUUUUUCUCCUGUCACAUUUGUUUACUGAUGAGUUAAAAAAGGGAAUUUGUGCUCGCAUGCUGAUCCAAAGUCUGUGACUUUAUGCAGAUUCACUACAUGCAAAGUUAUCUUCCUUUAAUUACUAAUAAAUAUAGCAACAAAUAAAUCCAUCCUUUUUGCCAGAUA